AUGGACAUCGAUACGCGCUUUUUCAGCCCGAGUCAUGGAUAUGGCCCUGGCUCACACUCUUCGGUCUCGAGUACGGGAUCAACUGUGCUCAGUGGGCAUACCGGCGCGACUAGCGUCACUUCGAGCGCAUCCGCUGCAACCUUCAGGUCUUCGGCCUCAAGCCCAUCUCUGAGAUCCAGAGAGAGUGUGGUGGUACCAGCCGGCUGUCGGGAUGGUGUCUCGAGCCCGGUCCCCGGAGGUAACGUGCGGGUUGUCGUGAGAGUCAGGAAGUUCCUGCCAAGAGAGAUCGAACGUGGAGCGGAAUGCCUCAUCUCAAUGGAUCCGCGCACUCAGACUACCAAGCUUUUGGCCCCGAAGCCUGAUCUUGCGGAUGCAGGUAAACCGAAAUCGCAGGCACGCGGGAAGAUACUUGAAGACAAGUCAUUCGUCUUUGACAAUUCCUUUUGGUCUCACGAUGAGACAGAUGAACAUUAUGCCCACCAGGAAGAUGUGUACAACUCCCUUGGAGAGGAAUUCCUGGACCACAACUUUGAGGGAUACCACACUUGUAUCUUUGCAUAUGGCCAGACGGGCUCUGGAAAGAGUUAUACCAUGAUGGGAACGCCUGACCAGCCUGGCCUGAUCCCUCGCACCUGCGAAGAUCUCUUCGAGCGCAUCGAAAACUCCCAGUGUCCUGACAUCAGCUAUAAUGUUCGCGUGUCGUACUUCGAGGUGUACAACGAGCAUGUGCGUGACUUGCUUGUUCCACGUACGGACCCGCCUUACUACCUCAAGAUUCGCGAAUCGCCCACGGACGGACCAUACGUCAAGGACCUGACUGAGGUUCCUGUUAGAAGCUUCGCGGAACUCAUGAAGUACAUGAGAAAGGGUGACACCUCACGUACCACUGCCAGCACGAAGAUGAAUGAUACGUCCUCGCGGUCUCAUGCGGUUUUCACCAUCACGCUGAAGCAGAUCCAUCACGACAUUAACACUGAUGAGACCACAGAACGGAACGCUCGUAUUAGACUGGUUGAUCUCGCUGGAUCCGAACGUGCCAAAUCCACGGAGGCCACUGGCCAGAGGCUUCGUGAGGGUUCAAACAUUAACAAGUCGCUGACCACUCUGGGAAGGGUGAUCGCGGCAUUGGCUGACCCGAAACAGCAGCGCCCCAGCGGAAGGAAGAGCAAGAGCAAGGAUGUGGUGCCGUACCGCGACUCGAUUCUCACGUGGUUGCUGAAGGAUAGCCUGGGUGGAAAUUCGAAGACGGCCAUGAUUGCCUGCAUUUCUCCUUCGGAUUACGAGGAGACACUGUCGACUCUUCGUUACGCCGACCAGGCCAAGCAUAUUCGCACGCGUGCAAUCGUAAACCAAGACCAUGUGUCGGCGGCAGAGCGCGAUGCGCAGAUUGAGCAGAUGGCCGAUACCAUCCGCACCCUGCAGCUCAACUUGAGCCAGGCCACGGCCAAUAAUAAUAAGCGUGAGAGUGAGGCGUCGAACGAGAAACUAGAGGAGUAUCAGCAGAAGGUCGACAAGAUGCAGCGCUUGAUGGAGGAGACCAAGAUGGUGGCUGACUGCAAGAUCCGGCAGCUCCAGACGGAGAAUGAGGCUCUUCGCAUUCAUCUUAAGCUGGCCCUCGAAAGUCUGAAGAAUCCUAUUCCGAUUGCCGUCGAAAGGCGCAAGAGUAGCCUGGGUUCCGUUCAGGAGAAGGAAGAGCACGACUCUGCGGAGGAAAGCGAACGUGAUAUUGCUACUCCUUCUCCUGAGUUGCAGCCUGAACCGGACCUCGUCUGGGAAGAAGACAACGCCAUCGAGCUUGAGGCUAGCCAGGUUGAGGCGCAGGAAAUGCAGGCCAGCAUGGAAGAUAUCUUGAAUGACCUGACUCUUUUUAAGAGAAAGUUGGCUGCAGACCACGAACGUUUUGGUAUCAUCAAGCAGCAUGAGGCUCGCAGACGCCGCACCUUGAGGGAAGUCCGCCUCAACCACUGA